AUAACUGCUCUCUCUCUCUCUCUCUCUCUCUCUCAUUCGCAUUGUGAUUUGUGAAGCUCUGAGAGCCCUAAGCGAAAAUGUUGGAGGCGAGGCUGGUCCAGGGAAGCCUUAUGAAGAAGGUUAUGGAGGCGAUCAAGGACCUCAUCGACAUCGGCAAUUUCGAAUUUUCUAGCACCGGUUUCAUGCUCACCGAUAUGGACCCGAACCGUUUCUCUGUAAUGGAAUUUUUUCUCCAUUCUGCGGGUUUCGACCAUUACCACUGCGAUCGAAACCUUUCCUUCGCCAUGAACCUCCACAAUUUGGCCAAGAUUCUCAACUGCGCUGCAGACGACGAUAUUCUCACCAUCCAAGCCCAAGGUGAUGGUCUUGCCGCCGAUUCCAUUACCUUCACCUUAGAAAGCCCUAAUCAAGAUAAGGUUUCCAAGUUUGAAAUGAAGGUGAAAAAAAUAGACAGCCAGCAAUUUGGGAUUCCAAGGACAAAAUAUCAGGCCAUUUUUAGGAUGCCGUCUUCCGAGUUUGCUAGGAUUUGCAUGGAUCUUAGCAACAUUGCUGAUACAGUAGUGAUAUCCGUGACCAAGGAAGCUGUGAAGUUUUCUGCUAGAGGUGACAUAAGGGCUGCUACUAUUGCUUGCAUGCCGAACACUGAUGUGGACAAGGUUGAAGAAGCUACUCUUAUAGCAGUGGAUGAGCCAGUCGGAUUGACCUUUGCCCUCAAGUAUAUGAGCUUAUUUACCAAGGCAACCCCAUUGGCAGACCAAGUGACUAUCAGCCUGUCAUCGGAUCAACCUGCUGUAGUGGAGUACAAAAUGGCAGAGAUGGGCCACAUAAGGUUCUACUUAGCUCCCAAGAUUGAAGAAAUGAACACUGAACCUCUAGGUGAAAAUGAGGACGAAAUGGAGACUGAACCUCAAGCUGAAAGCAACCCUCCAGUAGAUACCAAAGCUAAAAUAGAAUUGUGGGAGCUGACUAGCUUCGACUAGACUCAUUGCCGCUGCUAUCGUUCUGCUAUCGUUCUACCUUUUCAUGGUUGACUUCAGUACCCCGUUUGACAUUUUGAGAUUCAUCGGGCAAUCGUAUCAUACUUUGGUGUAAGUAGCCUAGCACAGAAAGGCUGAUUGGCAAUCCCUUUACCUUUUUGCUAAAUUCUAUGAUAUACUUCCGUAACAGCAUGAUUUACCAACUAGCAGCUUUUCUUGGGCAGCAACUUGAAAAUGUUUCUUGUAAAGUAUAGGAAUGAUAUAACUGAAAAUUAUAACUGUUUUUCAUGAAUUAAUCAAUAUAAGAAAUGUUAAUAACAGACUGAUUGUGUGGAGACCAAUUCUACAACCCUUCGCCAAAAGAAUUAAAAAAAAAAAAGGAAGAAAAAAAA